AUGAAUUUGAAAAUAGAUAAGGCAUCGAAUAUAUUUCAGUGCAAAGCUUAUCGCACUGCGAGUACCUUGGUAUUAGCAGAGUAUUCUGAAAAUAAGCUCAAUCCAAUUACGUUAAAAGCAGUUAACGCAGCUUCAAAGUUUGGUAAAUUGCAGGCGCUGGUUACGGGUUACAAUGUUGCCGGUAUUGCUGAACAGAUGUCAAAAGUGGAAGGAGUUGAAACGGUAUUUCUGGCGGAAGAUCAAAAAUUGAAACAUCAGCUUGCCGAAUAUGUUGCAAAAGUUGUGGAAACACUUCAUAAUCAGCACAAAUUCACUCAUAUAGUAGCAGGAUCAUCAACGUUUAGUCGUGAUGUACUACCGAGAGUAGCUGCGAAAUUCGAUUCCUCUCCUAUAACUGAUAUAGUAAACAUUCACAGUGACGAUACGUUUACGCGUCCCAUCUACGCUGGUAGUGCACUAUGUAAGGUGAGAAGUGAUGCCGCAGUCAAAUUUUUAACUUUUCGCGGAACAGCAUUUAAACCAGCUACGGAAUCUGGUGGUAAUGGCAAAAUCGAAGCAGCUCCCAAAGUAGAUUUAUCGUUUGAUGGUAUUGAAUUUUUGUCUCAAGAAUUUGUGAAAUCAGAACGACCGGAUUUACAGAGUGCAAAAGUUGUGGUCUCGGGAGGUCGUGGUGUUGGUUCAGCAGAUAAUUUUAAGAUCAUUUAUGAAUUAGCUGAAAAAUUGAAAGCAGCUGUAGGAGCUUCGCGUGCAGCAGUUGACGCAGGAUAUAUUUCAAAUGAUUUGCAAGUUGGCCAGACGGGCAAAAUUGUUGCACCUGAGCUAUAUAUAGCAAUUGGUAUCAGUGGUGCCAUUCAGCACACAGCAGGAAUGAAAGAUAGCAAAGUUAUUGUAGCAAUUAAUAAAGAUUCAGAUGCACCUAUUUUUCAAGCAAGUUCCUUUUAUUCUAGUUUAUUCUUCCGGAAUAUAAAAUUGAAAAAUCAUUACCAAAAGUAA